AUGUCUUUCAUGCUAGAUUUUCAUUCUUCAAAAGGGCGUCCGUUCAGAUUCUUAGAACGUUGGGUUGAACAUCUAGUGUUUUCGGAUUUCAUUAAAGAGAAUUGGAGGGUUUCUGCUAGCACGUCGAUAGUACACUCCGAGUUUGCUGAUCAAGUUAAAAGAUGGAAUAAAGAUGUGUAUGGUCAUAUUGCUACCCGUAAGAAGCUUCUGACUAAAAAACUUCAAAGCAUUGAGAUUGAGCGAGAUAUAAGAAACUCGACAUAUCUUAAUCAAGUUGAGAUGGAGGUUAAAGGGGAUUUGGAAAAUGUGCUGCAUCAUGAGGAGAUACUUUGGCGACAAAAGGCUCGUUGUGACUGGUCAGUUUUGAGGGACCGCAACACAAAUUUUUUUCACACGCGCACUUUGAGGAGAAGGAAGCAGAAUCAAAUCACCAUAUUAAAGACUGGUUUGGGUGAGUGGAUUAUGGAUGAGGAGCAAUUGAAAAUUGAAGCAGUUAAUUUUUAUACUACUUUGCAUGGUGAGCACCCUAGUCCGAUGAGAGAUUUACCCUUUAAUGCUUUCCUUUGUAUCACUGACGGGGAUUUUAAUCUCCUUAAUAAUCUAGUUUCUGAUGAGGAAAUCAAAGUUGCUCUGUUUGACAUGGCACCUUUGAAGGCUCCAGGAAGUGAUGGAUAUCAUGCCUUUUUCUAUCAAAGUCAAUGGUCUAACACCCCUUACCCAAGUCCAAGAUCGGAGCUGGGCACGAGGCAUUACUUGACUUAG